AGCAGUAGUGGAAAGUGCCAUGGCAGGGCGCAUCGCACCAGCGCUGCUUGUGGUCCUCCUGGACCUGCUGCUGGAUAAGUCAGCUGGGACAGAUGGGUCGAUGAUCAACUUGCAGUGGCAUGCUGAGCCAUACCACAGCCUUCUACAGCUCAGGAGGCUGCGAUUGCGAGGAGGGGAGGAGAUGAAGCUAUCCAAGAAGAUGGAAGUCUUGUGGGACAGGGCCAACACAGCUAGAAUGAUGCAGGAGAAAAUGCAUGAACACAGCGAUGUUGAUAACAAGGAUCUGAGCAGACUGGUAGAAGAGAUCAGAGAGCAACUCAACACUGAUUCCGCCUUACUGCGACAUGAAGUAUGUUACGCACUCGGGCAAACAAGAUCGGCAGAAGCAGUACCAAUCUUACGGGAAAUCCUUCAAGAUCGAUCCGAGGAAGCGAUAGUGAGGCAUGAAGCUGCUGAGAGUGAAUUUGUCUCAGUUGACCCCGCGCCAGCAUUUGGGAAAUCGGACAACAAGCCUGAGGGCCAAAAGAGCUGGAUCUCCCAAGUUUUUCUCGACCAGAAGCGGAGCUUGUUCGAUAGAUAUAGGGCCCUCUUCUCACUCCGAAACUUGGGUGGCCCGGAAUGUGUCAAAGGUGGUUUUGCCAUCUGCCUUCUGGGUCAAAAGAUACAUCGUGAUCUUUUGACAGUGAUCUGUGAGGGGGUGAAAGACCCAAACGCCUUGUUUCGACACGAAGUUGCUUUUGUUCUUGGACAAAUAUCGGACCCUGAGGCCCUCCCUGCUCUUCAAUCCCUUCUGGAAAACAGCACCGAGAACUCCAUGGUUCGGCAUGAAGCUGCUGAGGCUAUCGGGGGUAUGGGGCUAGUGGAAUGCAGAGAACUUCUUGAAAGGUACCUUCACGACAAGGACCCGGUGGUUUCACAGAGCUGUGAGGUUGCGUUGGAUAUGACAUCUUACUGGAAAGAAUUCAAGGAGGCAAGAGUAUGA